CCAAGCUAGCAAUCACUUGCAUACAGUGCUGCACAAGUCAAGAGGCUUCUGCUGGAACUGAGGAAUUCUAGUGCCUGGGCUGUCAUCUCAUCUCCAUGCAGUUCUCUGGGACAAAGAUCUACAGAAACUUCAAGCAGCUACUCCCUCUGUGCUGACUGUAAUCUGAAGUAGAGGGAAAUGUGCCCAGUCUGCUGCCAAGCAAGAUAAAGAGCCAGCACACUGAAGGCACAAAGGUAUACAACAAGCCUGUAACUACUGUACAACAAGCCUGUAAUCUACCUGGAAAGGGUGCUGAUCUUCAGAAAGGCUGGAGAACUCAUCAGAUGGGCUUACAGCUGUGAGUAGAAGCUUAUUACACAAUGUAAUACUGAUAUCUACUGACUUCCACAACUCAUGAGCUGCUACUGUUGUAUGGUGUGCUGGAGAUCUUCUGAACUUCUUGUAUGACCCACCUGGUGGAUUCGCUUACCAAUAACAUGUGACUAAGAUGGAGGUUACAACUUUAGUCUCUGGAAGCUACAAUCUUUCGGGAAAUAGCAGCCAGCAGGAACCUAAAAGCUGGCCCUAUGCAGCAUGGGAGAGCACACUUAUUAUUAUUGCUGUGGGGGCUAUCAUUUUAUCCACUGUUAUUGGAAAUAUUUUGGUAGUCUUAGCAGUAUUUACUAGUCAAGCUCUUAGGGCCCCACAGAACUUGUUCCUGGUUUCUCUGGCAUCAGCAGACAUUCUUGUGGGGGCUUUGAUCAUUCCAUUCUCCUUGGCCAAGGAGGUCAUGGGCUAUUGGUACUUUGGAAAUGUCUGGUGUAGCAUGUACCUUGCUUUAGACAUAUUAUUCUGUACCUCCUCUAUUGUUCAUCUGUGUGCCAUUAGUAUUGACAGGUACUGGUCUGUUACCAAAGCUGUAAAGUACAACCUGAAGCGCACACCCAAAAGAAUUAAGAGUAUGAUUGCAAUUAUCUGGUUAGUUUCUGCUGUUAUCUCUUUCCCACCACUGCUGAAAACAAAUACCCAUAAAGAAUGGAGAUGUAAUCUUAAUGAUGACACUUGGUAUGUCUUGUUUUCAAGCACUGUAUCCUUCUUUCUUCCAUGCAUCAUCAUGAUAUUCCUAUACUGCCGGAUCUAUAGAGUAGCUAAACACAGGGCUUCUACGGUGUCCAACAUCAAGAAUGGUCUAUCUGACUGCAACAAUGUUCCACAAGGUAUGUGUCACCACCAGGAGUACUUUGAUGAGCACAACCCUCACAACAACCAGGAUGCAGAUGAAAUGGACCUGGAGGAGAGCACAUCUUCAAUCCACAAGUUCUCAGAACCAACUCAUCAUGGCCCCACAAAUACUGACAACCAUGCAAAAGUGAAAAAGCUUUCAUGGAGCAUUAACAGAGGACAGAAAAGAAGAGAAAGAUCAGUCUCAAUCUCUCAAACUCGCCUGCAGCAGCUCAGGGAGAAGAGGUUAACGUUUGUCUUGGCUGUGGUCAUUGGAGGCUUUGUUAUUUGCUGGUUCCCAUUUUUCUUUACAUACAGUCUGGAGUCUGUGUGUAGAGGGAGAUGUGGCAUUUCUGACGCUCUCUUUAACUUUUUCUUUUGGAUUGGUUACUGCAAUAGCAGCCUUAAUCCUGUCAUAUACACAGUAUUUAAUAGAGACUUCAGGAAAGCAUUCCAAAAACUCCUUGCACACACUCCUAAAAGGACCAUGUGAGAAGAAAGUGAAUGUAAGGAAGCCGAAAAACUGAUCUAUAACUAGGUGCUGAGCACUAACAUUCAGUCCGGCCAUUUGACAUUUUAAAUAAUGUGGCUAAGAAACAAUUGACCUGGUUCCAUUAGAAAUAAAUAUGUUUCACAAUUUAGUGCUUCAACUGAGAUUAUUUUUACUGGAAAUUGUAAAAGGUGAUAUAUUUAGAUGAUUUGUCAGUUCAUUGUUUUUCCUAAUCUGCAGUGAUUUUAAAAUUAGCUAGAUUGUUGUACUCCAGCCAGUGAACUGAUACCCUUUAUCAUUGUGCAGACCUCCAAGAAAGUGAGGGAAUAGCCUGAACAUAUUUGGGUUUCCGCAUGAGGUUAUAUUCAUCUAUAUGUAAAAAAAAUUAAACGGUGACUUUCACAGUGACCGCCCCUUCAACUGUGACUUUCACAGUGACCGCCCCUUCAACUGUGACUUUCACAGUGACCGCCCCUUUAACUGUGACUUUCAUAGUGACCGCCCCUUUAGGCAGUAAAGAAAU